AUGUCAGCGCCUGCUCAGCAAGUCUCUGCGUCGACUGCCAACUUUGUCCAGGUGCCGCGCGGCGUCUCAGCCUCGUACGACGGACUCGACCUUCCUUCGACUGAUGAGGGCAGGGCGGCGGAGAACAGCCUCGCCCCCCGCAAGCUCGAGCGUCUCCCCGACGACAUUCUCCUUGAAAUCUUUCGCAGCCUGCACGCCCUCUUCUUCCACCUUCUCGGAUGGGAUGACCCAGCCGGCGAGCAAGUUGAAGGCUCUCGCUUCAUCCCGCCUCUCAAGUACAUCACGCUGUCGCGACGCAUCUACACCCUGGCACGCCCGAUCUGGCUCUCGCGACUGUCGACUUGGCGGUUCUCGGCGCCGAACGGAAGUUUGAGCAUGCGCCAUAACGAGCGGAUCUGGAGCAGAGUCGACGAGUUUGCCGACCAGGUCCGAUCGCUCUACAGCAUUGUGCGGCUCGAGACCAGUAUCGAGGAAAUCAGCCUCCUCCUGCGGUUCGUUCACAUCACGCACCUCGAGCUCGAGUUGCACGUCAACCAGUUCAUCCCGGCUUUUGCGCGCUACCUCCAGUACUUCCGCCAGCUUGUGUCCCUCGAAAUCAUGUAUGGGGCGGACUACAGAACGGUCACGGAUGAAGCGCCGUUCGAAAUCGACUCUCAGCUGCCGAAGCUUCGCAGCCUGUCGCUUUCGGGUGAAGAGCUGUUGAGGCUUUUCCUUACGAGGCCCUGUACCAUUCUUCAAGCCUUGACGUGCGAGAUCGACAUCAGGCAAUCACCUCUCCGAAUUCCUUGGUCAUCGCUCAAAAGACUCAAGCUUACCGGCAUUCCCGGCCCCGCGAGCGAGCCACUCUUCAAGCAGUCACUGCUCGAGCUCGCGCUAAAGAGUUCGAACGAACCCACCUGGCCUCUCGCGCACCUUUGCCUGAUCAAUCAGGCCUCGCGUCCAUACCGUUCACCAGGCGCGAGCGAGGUUGUCGCUGAGGCAUAUCGAGACGUUCUUUCGCUUUUGAGCAGCAGGUCGGCCCUCUCAAGUCUCGAGAUGGACGAUACCUGGCGCGACAUGCUCAAAUUGGCCGCCCCCGCCUUCCUUGCACAUUUCUGGUCCGACGUCCUCAAGUUCCUCGUCUACUGCCCUGAAGUCAAGACUUUGACAAUCGAAGACUUCAGGAUGAGCAUCGUUGGCGACUCGCUAUUCCCGACGAAACAACCCAGGCGUCGCGGAAGGUUCGACGAGUAUUUCGUCGAAACGCCCGUCUUCCUCGUCAAACUCGCCUCGACAAAGAUUCUUCGCUUCACUUUGGUGGCUGAGGAGAGGCGGUGGCCUUGGACGAAGGUGCGGCACGAUUGGUGGAGGGCGUCGGCGGAGGAGAAGUUUGUCCGCGCGGCCUGA